AAAAGAAGCAAUAGUGAGAAUUGAGGAAAAUUGCAGAUUUUGCAGUAAUUUAGAGAAUUUAAGAAUUUCAUUGCUUUUGAGCCGUUUGUCUUACUUAAACUCUGUAAAAAAUGGGCGAACCAUCACUUCCAGUGCUUGCAAACGAACUUGCAACUGCGAUUGAAAUCACCUUAAAUCCUAAUGUGAGCCAACAGUCAAGAAUGGAAGCAUAUGUGGCAUGUGAAAAAUUCAAGGAAAUUUCACCGUUAUGUGCUCAAGCUGGAUUAUAUUUGGUCACAAAUCAGUUCUCGGCAGUUGUGAAACACUUUGGGCUGCAGUUGAUGGAACAUCAAGUGAAAUUUAAUUGGAAUAAGAUUUCACAAGAAGAAAAGAUUUUUAUUAAAGAUAACACGAUGAAGCUAUUAGGCACUGGAAUUGGACCGGCUGACGAUAAAUCGUUGUUACACAUCAAAGAUGCUCUGUCUCGGAUUAUUGUUGAGAUGAUCAAACGUGAAUGGCCUCAACAAUGGCCAACAUUAUUAAGUGAAUUAUCAGCAGCUAGUGAAAAAGGAUUAUCACAGACUGAAUUAGUCGCACUAGUUUUCUUACGUCUUGUCGAGGAUGUUGCAUUGUUGCAAACAAUCGAAUCAAAUCAGCGACGAAAGGACAUUUAUCAAGCAUUAACUGUCAAUAUGGGAGAAAUUUUUGAUUUUUUUCUUGCUCAUAUUGAGAAGAAUGUCCGUGAAUAUGCGACGACAAAAAAUACUGGAAAUUUACGUGUCGUACUUGUUGUACUAAAUACGUUAGCAAGCUUCUUGGAAUGGGUCAACAUAUCGCAUAUAAUGGCAUCAGACGGACGAUUACUUAAAGUGAUUUGUUAUCUUUUAGAAUUUCCGGACAUUCAAUUAAGCGCUGCUGAAUGUCUUAGUCAAAUAACUAAUAGAAAAGGUGUUGCAAAGGAUAAAAAACCACUGCUGUAUUUAUUUAAUGAUGAGCCUAUGAGACAUAUUUUUCAUUCACUCGAGCCCAUGGCUUCAACUCAAACGGAAAAUUAUUAUCAGUAUCUGAAGAAAUUGACACAAUCAAUGUAUGGACUUUCAAAUCAAUUAACAACAUUAUGUGGCAAAGAAAGUGAUAUUCAGACACCGCCAAGAAAUUUUUACAUGUUCCUUCAAAUCAUUCUAGCCUUUGCUCGUCAUCCAAGCUUGUCAGUUACACACGGCGGGAUAUUAAUUUGGCUACAACUUGUAAAACACGAUACAAUUGCUCGAGAUCCACUUUUUGUUGAUAGCAUUCGAGUUAUGAUAGAAAUUGUAGGACCAAAAAUUAUUAAAUGUCCAUAUCCAAAAAUUCGGGACUGUUUUACGCCAAAUUCAAUUCCAUAUACAACAGAAGCAUAUACAUGCAUAGAUUUUGACAGUGAAGAAGAUUAUCUACAAUUUGUUCCUCGUUUUCGUGUGGAUCUUCUUGACAUCUUUCGACAAUCGACUCUUGUUGCUCCUUUAUUUACAUUUUCAUAUUGUGAGCAUUGGUUAAAUCGUCGAUUUGAAUUAGCCAACACGGAAACAUUAGUAACAUGUAGCAUUAUGGAUCCAAUUUAUUUGGAAUGGGAAGCAGUUGUUGCCGUUCUGGAUGGUGUUCUUAGUCGAAUUCUUCUUGUAACCGAAAGACCAUCAAUCAUUAAUGGAUUACGAUUAUUAGAGAAAUGUCUUUUAGUGAAAACUGAUGAUCCACUUAUUUAUUCUGUUUUAUUAUCAUGCAUUUCAUCGCUCUUUGUUUUUUUGAGUAUGUCGGCUGCUGGAAAUGUAGCUGUAAAUGGAGUUCAACUAUUGCCACCCGUUUUAGAUAAGAUUUUUAGUGCCAUUGUCUUUAAUCUGCCAUCUGAAGAUCACCAGCAUUCAUUAAGAUCGGCUGCAAUAAAAAAUUUGAGAAGACAUGCUGCUAGUUCGAUUGUAAAAAUCGCACUUAAAUAUCCACUUCUUUUGCUACCAAUAUUUGAUCAAAUUCAUGCUACGAUUAAUAGAAUUGGAAAUGAAUCAAAUCUUUCCAAUAUGGAAAAGCUGCUACUACAAGAAGCUCUUUUAAUUAUCAGUAAUCAUUUCUGUGAAUUUGAACGCCAGCAAUUUUUCAUUGGUGAAGUUAUUCGACCAGCUACUCGAAUUUGGCAAGAAAUAUCACCACAUUUAAAAACACCAUCAUCCUUUAUCAAUUUUAUCGGUUUGUCAUCGAAAGCAGUACUCAUUCAGCCAAAUUCUGGAAUAGAUGAUGUAUUCUAUAAAAAUCGACAGACUUUAUUGUUGGCACUAAAUACAGUUUUAGGAAUUAUAAAGCGAUGUCAAUGUCCUGACGAUCCAGAUAAAUCAUGUCGUGGAGGUUUCAUUGUCGCAACAACAGAUUCAGGCAAUCCAAUUACAAGAAAUCCAGCAGCUUCACAUGUCAUACCUCUAUUACAAGAAAUUUUAUCAUUAUUGAGAAAUUUAAAUGAACUUUGGAUUCCAACAUCAUUGGCAUUAAUUAAUAACGAUUAUAAAGGAGCUAAUCAGAUGCUGGAAAAUGAAAAGAAAAAUAUUCUGGGAGUAGUUUAUUCCGUUCCUGAUCCUUUAGAUCCGACUCAAUUAACAAAGACCAAAACACCUUUUGACUAUAUGCAGCAAUUUUUGACGUCAUUAUUUGAGAACUGUUAUCAUCUACUCGGUGUUGCUGGAUUAUCAUUAAGUCGAGAUUUAUAUAGACUUGAAGGACUAUCAACCGUUUUGAUUAAUAGCUGUUUUAGCAAUCUCGAUCAUGUUCCAGAUUUCCGACUAAGAACCAUCAUUCGAGUUUUCCUUCGUCCAUUCAUCUAUUCAUGUCCGACAUCCUAUUAUUCAACUGUUAUUGUUCCAAUCUUUGAGCACAUUGCUCCUUUCAUGCUGAAUCGUUUGACAACUCGUUGGAACUACAUUACAUCAUUAUAUGAAAAUGGUGCUUUAGGAGAUGAUACAAACAACGAUGCUCAAGAAGUUCUGGACGACAUAUUGAAUCGAACAUUAACUCGUGAAUAUUUGGAUGUUUUGAAAGUUGGAUUGGUUGGUGGAACUAGUAUUGGAUCGACGAAUAAUGAAGUUAGCGGUGAAAUGGGAAAUGUCGCAAUGAUGGAUCAAGACGAUCAUUCGAUGGAUGGUUUACCUCACAUGAGUCGCGCUGCUCAAUCUGCAAUGCAAUCCGAUAUCAUUAGUGAAUUAGGCAAGAAACUAUUAACUACUCAAACGACAUGCGAAUCAAUUGUUUUUACAAUUUUCAAUUGUAUAGCCUGGAAUGAUAGCAAUGCAAGUUUAAAGGCCUGUCUUCUUGCUGGACCAGUAAUUCGUCAGCUAUCGAGCGAUCAUUUGAUUAGCCCUAAUCUCUCCGCUGUUAUUUUGACUAGGGUCCUUCAAGGGCUUCAAAUGCAUGGUCAACAUGAUGCAAAUCAGCCGUCAUUGAUUACACUUGGCGUUCAGGUUUACGACAUUAUUCGUCCAGCGUAUCCAGCAAUAACAUUAAAUAUAAUGCAACAAAUACCAAAUUUAAAUAUCAAUGAUCUGCAAAAAUUAGAUGAGAAAAUUCUUAGUGCUGGACCUCUCACGAAUACCACAAAUCAAGGAAAUGCAGGAAGUACAGCAGCAAAAUCUAACAAGAUUGAUAAGACAAAAAAGGAUCUGUUUAAGAAAAUAACAUCACAUUUAAUAGGCCGCAAUGUUUUAGCUCAUUUAUUCCGUAAUAAUCCAGUUGAAAUAUCAGAUUUGCAUCCAAUGAACAAUAAAAGCAAGCAAAAAAUCACAAAUGUACUGGAAACAUCACACGAUACUGGCCUUCAUAUGCAACAAUUGUUUCGUGACGUUCCACGAUAAAGAAAAACAUUUUUUAUUUAAAUCAUCUGUUAUUAAUUAUUUUUUUCUUCCUUACUGUUGAAUUAUCUUAGUAUGGCUUAUGUUUUUAACUCCAUCCUGAAUUGUAAUAAAUGCACUUGAAAUCAAAUGUCUAGCAUUUAAGUAAUUAUUAAAGAAAAC